GUGAAAGUUGUGAUCACUUCCGAGUUGUAUACUCCAGGGGGAAGUCACCGAUUUUAUCCCGCCCAUAUGCGAGCAACUGACUCCAAGACAAGUUCCUCUCGAGACAUUAUCAUCCAGUCUGGACAAAAAGACGUCUUGCUACAUAUUCUUGUUCUUACGGAGAAUAGUCCACGUUUUAAAGGGAUGAACUUGAACGAGAGGUUGUCUUUCGAAGUGAAAGUUGCACCCUGUUAUUUUGGAAAUGAACGAGCUCGUGCUGAGGACCAACAAGGGACAGUAUGUGGGCGGAGAGACCGUCUAUGGAGCGGUGUAUCUUCAAAUUGACCGUGUUACGUCAGGAACUGGGGUCAAGCUGAAGUUUCACGGUUACGAAGACUUUUACUAUGAAGAGAGGGGUUCGCAGCGUUACUCUGGUACAGGGGAGUUUUCUGUGAUGAGGGGUCGGAAAGAACACUUUGAUGUGGAAGUGCCCAUUUAUACAAGCACAGAUCCCAUUCCCCUGGGAUGUUAUGUCUUCCCUUUCCAGUAUGAGCUACCAGCUGACUUACCAGCCACUUUCCACUGUAAGGGCCCACUGUAUGAGGCCACUAUCAAGUACGAAGUCAAGGCCUGUGUGAUCGGCAAGGAAAGCAACCUAAAGGUGUCUCAGCCCCUGAUCAUCCGUGAGGUCGUUGAACCCUCCCUGUUAAAGGACGCAGUGAGAUACGAGGAUCAGAGUGAGGUGCUGAAAUGUGGCUGCUAUCGACAGGGAGAUAUCUCAAUAGUGGCGAGUUUGGACAAGACAGAGUACACAGUUGGGGACACAGGAACCGUCAGUGUAGACAUCAGUAAUAGCACAUCUGUAAAAAUCAGGAAUAUCAGAGUCAAUAUGAAGAGAGUAGUGCAUCUGAUGAAGGGUCAGUGGGUGUGUACAGCGGCUGAAGCCUCGAAGGUCAGGAAUCGAAUGUCCAGUUCAGCGGGUCAGCCCGGGCCACUGGUGGAGAAGGUGUGGGGCGAAACACGGGAAGGAACGAGUAACAAAAAAAUAGAAUUGGCCCUUCCUGUGGAACUAAAGAACCUUCCCCCUGUGGUCACCCUGGGCAAGCAUAUCAAGUGUGUCUAUAGAAUACUGGUGGAUGUUGGUCUGAAGUCAUCGCUGUCUCUACCGACUGGUCUGCUGAAGAUACCUUAUCUACAUCCACCCAGCAACUCAGAGUGGGAUGACUGGAAACCCCCUCACUGGGUCUCCCAGUGUGAGAGAAUGACAGUAGAGGGAAAAUUUGCAGUGUCUUCAAAUGUCCUGGCACAAGAAGAGUUUGCAGGACUCCCUACAUUUCAAGUACUGGUGGAAAAUAAGUAGGGAAACACUAUGUACAACUGACAGCAAAAGAUUUCAUAAGCUAUUUUUGUAGGCAAUGCCGUCUAUUUUGUCAUCACUGACAUUUUUUUCAAAAUUGAAGGUAAGGAUGAAUCCAAACAUGGAAGAAAAACUUGGAAGAAAAACUUUUUUUUGUAAAACAGUACUGUACAGCAGAUUUGGUACUAGAUAUGAUAUUUUGUCAUAUACAUUAAUAUUUUGUCAUUAACAUAGAAAUGAAUCAAAAUUCAAGGUAAGGAUGAAUCCCAGUGUAAAAAAAAGCCUUGUUUUUCGUAAAACAGUGUUGAACAGCAAAUUGGGGUAGAUAUGACAUUUUGUCAUAUUAGCAUGAUAAGCUCAUAUGAUAGCGUAUCAUUGAAAAGAGUGGAAAAUUAUAUGUUCACAAUUAUAUCUUUUGAUAGUCGAUACUGUCAAAGCCGUAUCUCUCACCAUAGUGUACUUCGGUAAUGUUACGUCAAUAACAUUAUGUUAUAUAUUGAAUUGAAAUGCAGUUUAUUUGUACAUUGAAAUUUGUAAAUGAUAGAGGAUGUCUUGGUAGACACAAGAGCUCUCUUUAAGUUAGCUUGCAUGUUCCAAUGCUUUAAGUAUGUGGAAAUGUAUUAUAUCAUUGUUUCAACUGAAUGUACAUUAUGCAGAUUCAGAAAUGUGCCAUAUAUAAUGUGGAGUGUUCAUAUACAUUUUGUACAUUGUAGGGCCCUUCAUCCUAGAUUAUUAUUCCAAUGGCUCUGUGUGGCUGGGGUUUUUUUUUAUCUUUUAUUUUUGUUUUUUAUUUUUUUAUUAAGCUACAAAUGGUGAUGCUAACAAAAAAAUGCACCACUAGAAUAAUAGGCACAAAAAUGUCCGAAAAAUACA